AUGCCUCCCAAAAAAUGGGUGAAGCGUUCUUCCAAAACAUCAUCUUCCGAAAAUCCUGUUCAAUCCUCAUCAUAUGGUAUUCCAACAGAAAAGCUCGAUCAUUCAGUCAUUUCAAAUAUAUUUUCAUCGGUUUCAAAAUUGAAUUGGGAUCAAUUUGAACAAUUUUGUUGUGAAUAUGGAUCGGAAGUUGUGGUUGCACAAAAGUUGUUUGGAAUGAAUUUGGCUCACGUUUUAGUCAAUCACGGAGAUGAAGAUUUAAUGAGCAGCGAUAUUAGUAGGACCGAUUCUACUAAUUUCAAUAAUUUCAACGGUGAUAACAACCAUGAUGAAAUCAUUGUGCAGAACAAUAUCCGAACGGUGAAUGAUUUUUUGUGUCAGUUAAUCAAGAAAGGAGUGGAUUUAAAUUUUGAAGAUUCUCGCAAUCAAUUGAAACCCAUUCAUUUGUGUGCUAAAAGGUGUUCAAAAAGCUAUGCGUGGAUUUUGACCAUGAUUAUUGAGGGUCGCCAAAUACCAACAUGCAUGUGUGGGAAUGGUUUUACUCCUCUCCAUUAUGCUAUUUCAUUUAAUCGAUUGGAAUUGGUGAGAGAAAUGUUGGAAGCAAGCUCCUGGAGUAUGGAUUUUGGAGAAUUUAUUCCCUCUCGUUUUAUUUCAAGCUUUCAAAAAACAAGAGAAGAUGCGUUAAGGUCUUCUCAACCACAAGGACACAGAGUACUAUUUCCAAUCCAUAUUGCGGCAAAGGAAGGACAUGUGGAAAUACUGAAAUACCUAGUUGUGCAUGGAGCCGCUACUCUUCAACAGAAUUCACAAUUGCUUCAAAGCAUUCUGGAGUGUUAUGGAAUGCAGAAUUUGAGUUUAUUAGAGUCUCGUGACAAUCGAGAGGAUUCAUUGACUAGAUUUAUUGUGAACAUGACCACACUGGAUACGUUUUCCAUGUCUCCACUCAUGCUCUCUAUCAAAGAGGGACAUAUAUCUUGUGUACAGCUGUUAUUAUCAUUAGGUGCCAAUGCCAACCAGUGUGAUGCACGUGGCAAAUCCUGUUUGGUUUACGCAAGUGAAAACUUUUUGCACAAAGAGGCCAUCAAGCACAUGCUGGGAAUAGAUUAUGCACAGAAUGACCUUAUCUAUGGGGAAUCAUGUAAGGACGACACUCAUUCAUUUCUCAUGAGCUGUUUCUUGCAGCCAAUAUCGCUGAGCAGUGAUAUCAGCGACACACCGGCUGUGGAAGAAUCAACCACGAAUCAAGAAGAGAACUUUGCUGAUACUAGCUUGGCAGAUAAUAUUGAAGACAAUAUUUAUUACAUCUAA